CACCGUCUCCCCUUCCCCCCUUCUUUUUUACCUUUCUCUCGUGUAGCCGCCCGGCUAAAAUCUACUGCAGCUUGCUCUCUAGUUACGACCCAAGUAUUAUUCCUCUGCCGGGUCUUUUUGCAUUUGGGUCCUGGGAGUUCGUCGGAAAGUCACCCUUGCGAGGCAGCUAUCUCCACCAGCACUCCCUCCCUUACCAAGGGCCAUGCUGUUGCUGGUUUGAUCACAAUACCAGUCUAUCCCAUGAUCUCUCUUACUUCUAAAUACUGCACUAUCUAUUCUGAGGGUUCCCAAGAUAUAGAAAGGAGUUAUCCACCGACCGCGAGAACCGACACCGCCUCUUCUUCCGAUGUCGACAGCAUCUACCCAGUCCCGCGGACUCAACCGACGGAUCAACAGCAUUCAGAAUGAAUCUCGCCAUUCGCGCACUCCGUCUGGGUCCCGCAAGCGUCCCGUAAACUCCUCCACUGCCUACACCUAUGCGCUCCGGGUCGCUUACUUGGCCUAUCUUCUCCAACCACGACUGCGCCGGGUCCAAACUGUCCCAGCUCCGCAACGGCCCAAGAGAGCGUCGACCUCCUUUCAUGAUUUAAUGAGCGACUUCUCGCUCGUGCGAGAUUCGAAGAGCACUCGGAUUCCCCAUGGGUUCAUAUCGGAGCUGGAGAAGAGGCUGACUGGGGUCCUGAUUGGGAAAGAGAAGCGGAAAGAAUACCAAGAUCCGCUGGUCGUGAGGACCUUUGCUGCUUUUCUCAACACCCUGAAGGAUCAGUCGUUCAAGAAGCGCAUGGAAAAGGAUCGGCGGGCCGAAGACCUCGUCCUGAUCUUCUAUUCGAACGCGACCAAGGAAUUGAGCAAAGGGAAGGAACCCGAUGAUGAUCACUGGAGAUUCAUGGUGGACAGACACGUGGCUCUUUUUGUCCGUUUGUUUGCACUUAUUCUAAAAGACCACGACUGGGCCAAAGAACGGCCUGAACUGGCCAAUCGACUGGCGGUUCUAGAGAACAAACUUUUGUCUCAGGAUCAGGAUCUUGUGCAAACGAAUGGCACCUCCAGCGUAGAAGUUAUAGCCCCGUUAAGCUACGAUAUCAGAGACAUGCCCCUCGUGCAGCAUGUUGCCAGAAUUUUCGAUGUGAACCAGGGCCAGGUGCAAGCCGAUGUCAAUAAUAAUCGAGGCGUCUGGACGGGACAGGCCGCCCUGCGAGAUUUGAAGACCUACCAAGCUCAUCUAACCCUCAAAACUCGAAAAACGCUGUCUCGGGAAGACUUUGAGAAUGAUGAAGCAUACGAGCUGUGGAAGAAGAACGAGGCUCCAGAUCUAUCCCAGAUGAUGCUUGCGAUUGUGCAAUCUAAUCCUGAAUUGGCUAAGAGCACCCCUGGAGGCGCCCUUCCACAAUUCAAUCCGAGCGCUGCGGACCAAGAUCCAGCAGGGGAGCUUUCGAGAACAAAUUCCGAGCGACCGUCAUCAUACGUUAUAGACCAGCCCGUGGAUCUCAGCUCAUUGUCCCUGGCUGACGAUGGUAUGAACGGGACGGACGAAUCUGAUACAUACACCUACAUACCCCAGGACCCCCGGUCCAUGUAUCGGUUUAUACUAGCCCAAGCUCUUGGUCACGACCUGAAGGACCGUGAACUUGAGGCCUCUCAGGCUACAUCAGAGGCACCCCUUAUGAAGCUAUUGUCAAAGCAGUCGACUGAGCUCUUAAAUGAGAUCUGUCUUCGCUGGCGUGUUCCUGCUUUCUCAAGAAUGGCUCUCUUUCUGGAUGUUGUGCGGUCCAAAUUCGUUGACAAUGAAAUCGAUCUUGACACCCUCGACUCCGCAUUCGCAUUUGUCAAGGAAGCGCCGAACUCGGACGGCAGGAAGCGUAGUAGCUUCGUGGCGUCGGUUCUGUUCGACCGUAAGAAGUGGACCAUCCACGAUCUUCUAUUGAUGCAACAAAUAUUAUCCUCCCUUCACGAGGCGCUUCUACGAGAACUCUAUGAUGUGAUGAUGGACUGCUACGAAACUAAACCACGUCCGAUUGGUCCGGUGAUGUACAUACUGGAAACCCACAUUCAGAUGGACCCCAGCUAUACCGAAGAUCUGGAAGAUAUCGAUCGCUUCCGCUCGUACGUGCAGGAUGGCCUGGCGCAGAAAGCCUCGGAAAAGUAUCAAGAACUUUUGGGGCAGCUUAUCCCGGUGCAGCCAGAAGAGUGGGAAGUAGACCAUGUGAUUCAGUUGUGUGAUGCGAUCACGAAGCUGGCGCAGAAGAUCCGAAAGCGUUAUCGCAACAAUCCGGAGAUUAUGGGGGUCAAUCCUUAUCUGAUUUUACUCUCCAAUGUACUUCCAAUAUUUGCGGAAGACGCUCACGAGAUGGUGGCUCGAAUAAUAGAGUUAGAGAACGUUCGAGGGGAAGAAACUGACAUACAAGAUGGAUUUGACCUCUACCGUCGACUCGCAGAUGUCCGUCGUCUUUUUACGGAGGCAUUGCCUGACGUAUCGUUUCCGUUCCAUGUAGAAGGCCUGAUGGAAAACUUUGUCUGGCGGUGGAUCCGCCUGACGGACCAAAAGGUCAUGGAUUGGGUGGAGCAGGCAGUUAAACAGGAUGCCUUCAACGUCCGAGCCGAUGGCUCGGCGGAAGAGAUACCUGAAGAUUACAGACACAGUGUGUCUGUCAUUGACAUUUUCCGUUCUUUCAACCAGUUGGUGGAACAAAUGAUACAACUGGAGUGGGACGACGACUUGCAGUAUGCGAAAUUCAUGACGGCUCUUUCCAAGUCUAUCGGCAGCGGUGUUGCGAGAUACUGCGAAUCCUUGGAGCAAAUGUUUGCGAAGGAAAUGGAUCGUCUUUCUCCGGAUCAGGAGGCUGCUAUGAAUCAAACGGCCCAGGAGAAGCUAAUGCAAAUCGCUAAAGAAGCAUGGACAAGUAAAGAGAAGAUUGAGCCCUUCCAGUUCUUCCCCGAGUCCUUAGUCAAACUUAACAAUGUCGAAUAUGCACUCUCACAGCUUGACAAGCUUGAGCAAGAAAUCAACGUGGACGGUUGCGCAGAGGUUAUAGCAAGGCAUGCGGCACCUCAAUUACAGAAGAUACGCAAGUCGACGACCUAUGUCUUUACCAUCAAGGUUGUGGAGGCAGAAGAUCUGAAAGCCUGCGAUAUGAACGGCGGCAGUGAUCCUUACGUCGUUCUGGCUGAUGAAUAUCAGAAGCGCAUUGCGAAGACUCGCAUCAUCUAUAACAAUCUGAACCCACGGUGGGACGAUGCGGUAGAUAUCACCACACAGGGUCCUCUAAACAUCAUUGCCACUAUCUGGGACUGGGAUGCAGUGGGCGAUCACGAUUAUGUCGGACGGACGUCGAUCAAGCUUGAUCCUGUACAUUUCAGUGACUUUCUUCCGAGAGAAUACUGGCUGGAUCUAGAUACCCAGGGCAGACUGUUGCUUCGUGUGAGCAUGGAAGGAGAGCGUGAUGACAUUCAGUUUUACUUUGGCAAGGCCUUCCGAACAUUGAAGCGGACGGAGAGAGACAUGACGCGCAAGAUUACAGAAAAGCUGUCUGCGUACAUCAGUCACUGUUUGUCGCGCCGGACCCUCAAAUCCCUCCUGUCACGAGGGCUCAGCAUUUCAAGUGUUUCCAACUUUCUCAAUCGGAACCGUGCUCAAUCGAGCACCGCCACACCCUCGAGUGCGGAUGUGGAGAAUGCGUUGACGCCCCUUUUUGAUUACUUUAACGAUAACUUUGCUAUCAUGAACAAGACUCUCACCUCCGAGGCUAUGAAAAUGGUGAUGGCACGAUUGUGGAAAGAGGUCCUCGCUACCAUUGAGAGUUUGCUAGUACCGCCCCUAUCAGACAAGCCCUCUCACCAAAAGCCUCUGACGAUGCAAGAAGUUGAUAUUGUCGCACGCUGGCUCGUGCUUCUACUAAACUUCUUCCACGCGGUAGAUGAGGAAACUGGAGAAGCUCACGGCGUGUCCAUCGAUAUCCUCAAGUCGCCCAAGUACCAUGAGAUUCAGACACUGAACUUCUUCUAUUUCGAACCCACCGAGAGCUUGAUACGCACCUCGGAGCGGAUGGCCUCCGCGACAAUCUCGCGCCAACAGGCCAACAAAAACCGCGCUUCAGCGCCUCCCCAUCUUGGUGCCUCCGGUCCGGGCAGUGUUCUGGGCCUGCCGGCUGCCCGUCGUGCCAAGAGUAUCAUGCUCUCGCGCAACCUCGGUACGAUGCGAAAGUUGAAGGAGGAGAAAUGGCGCGAAGCCCAAGCGGAACCGAACGAUGACAUGAUCCUGCGUAUCCUACGUAUGCGUCCCGAAGCUGCAGGCUACCUUCGCGAUCGCAGUCGCCAAAAGGAGCGACUAGCAGCAGCCGCGGCGGCAGAUGCCAUUGUAAAACAAAGCUUGAUGGCCGGAGCUGGGGGUAAGAUGACGGGUCUCCUUGGACGUCGAUGAGUGUCUAGAAGCGACCACUGCAUUCCAACUAAUGGUCCCCUUUCGUUGUUCAGGGGAGACGACGCCUGCUAUAUCCGCUCUUGCCCGCGCGCGUUUUACAUUUUGACAUGAUUCCCGCCACCAGGUUGAUCUUAAGUGCGUCUAUUUGAUCUGUUUAGUUUGUCUUUGCAUGGGUACGUGGGGACCUGGGGUCCAGGCGUGAGCUCUGGAGCACUAGCCAAGUCUUAACAUAGCGUAAUGAUAGUUAAUCACAGCCACCGC